AUGGUUGUGUGGAAUCGCUGUCUUUCCAAUGCUGUUUGUUACAGUAAGUCUGCUGUAGAGCGUGCUGUCGAUCAGAGUUAGGCAAACACCGGGCAAAACGCACUGCUAGAAAACUGCACAAACUUCUAUGAAGUACAGGCGUCUGGUUUAAACUUAAAAUCAUAAAGGCUCCUGCCUCCGACGAAAUCGCCGACAUUCUGACAGGGUGAGUCCGCUCACUCUGGCAGCCUGGAAUGUUCGUUCCCUUUUAGACAAUCCGAGGAGCAACCGACCGGAACGGAGGACGGCGCUAGUGGCCCGGGAACUGGCGCGCUACAAGGUGGACAUCGCCGCACUCAGCGAGGCCCGAUUCUCCGAACUAGGCCAACGGGAGGUUGUGAGGGCCGACUACAUCUUCUUCUGGAGUGGCCGAACCAGGACAGAGCGACGAGACGCGGGUGUCGUCCUCGCCAUCCGGAACGACAUCGUGGGACGACUGCCCAGUCUGCCGCAGGGAAUCUACGAUCGCCUGAUGAGCCUCCGUCUGCCUCUCAGGCAGGCGUGGGGGCGAAUUCGCCACCAUCGUCAGCGCCUACGCUCCGCCGAUGAGCAGCCCCGACGCCGCCGCAAGGGAAAAAUUCUACGAGGACCUGCACGCCCUCUUGGCGACUGUGUCGAAGACGGACAAGCUGAUUGUCUUUGGCGACUUCAACACCCGCGUCGGCACAGACCAUACUGCCUAGAGAGGAGUGCUGGGUCCCCACGGUCUCCGCGGCUCCAACGACAAUGGUCCACUACUGCUCCGCACCUGCGCAGGACACUGCCUCAUCCUGACGAACACGUUCUUCUGUCUGUCGGAGCGAGAGAAGGCCACCUGGAGGCAUCCUCGGUCCCGUCAGUGGCACCUGCUGGACUACGUCCUCGUCCGGAGGCGAGAUGGCGAUCGUGGGUGCUGACGGGUGGACCGACAAUGGCCUCGUAA